UAUAUAUACGUAUGUGUGUGUGAUCCCGCAUUUAAUGCUCGAAUAAGCUCUAUGCUCAGAGAUAUUCAACCUCAACACUAUAUAUAAUCUACCCAUCUCCAUACCAACAACACAGCUUUACUCACACACACAGAGGCCUAUAUCCAUACUACACACAUACAUAUAUAUACAUUAUAAAUAUGAUGAGAGGGAAAGCUUUGAAAUCGUUGACUAAAAAGUGGAAAAAGAUGAAUGAUGGAGGAGUUAUUCCUUCAUCUACAAACUGUGACAAGUGUUGUCAAUGGGCACUUAAUUGGGCUUCAUCAUCCAUGCGUGAAGAGGAAGAAGCUUCGAUUCCAAGAGAUGUCCCAAAGGGUCAUUUGGUGGUGUACGUGGGAAAAAACCAGAGGAGGUUUGUGAUCAAGGUGAAAUUACUGAAACACCCUCUCUUCAGCGCUUUGUUGGAUCAAGCUCGUGAAGAAUACGACUUCAGUACUGAGUCCAGACUCACUAUUCCAUGUGAUGAGGACAUGUUCCUCAGCGUAGUUCAAUGUGCCAUGUCCCCACAGGAUCGAAGGAUCCCUCUGUGCCUUUGACUUUCGUUGAGUCUAAGAAAUUGGAAUUUAUGCAAGAUUAUAAUCAUUAUAUA